UGAUAAUAGAACUAUUCCCAACCAAGUUAGGCAACACUUGCUCGAUGAAAUGACUAACCCCAAAUCGAAGCUCCAGAAAUCGCCUGCGUCAAGAGGAGGAAAACCAAAACUCUGUCUCUCUUUGAGAUGACCAAAAUCUUAAUCUUAACAUCGGCAAGCUCUCCAGUGAUCCAGUCUUCACAACCAUCUGUUUCCGGCUAGCACUUCCAGCCACACACGGCCCAACUGUAGCCACGUCUUUUCCCGAUCCAAUGUGCGCUGCGCCGCUACCCACCCAGCGGUCUUGCACACCACUUCUCUGACACCCGUGGCCAUACCCUCACUCUGCCCGUCUAUGGUGUGUCGCUCUCCAAGAUUCCACCACGUCUCGGCUUCUCUCGGUUGCUGAUAUAAAUUUGGAGCAAGGUUGAAUCCUUUUGUUUCAUGUAUUUUUUAUGCUUUCUGCAGUUUCUGACAGCUUGAGUUUCAGAAGCCUGAGUGAAUAAAGGAAAAGGCUAAGGCCAUCAAGCAUCUGAGGACUUUGGACAAUUGAAGGAUGACGGUUUUAAAGCGGUAUGUGCUCCGAUUGUUCAUAUCAAUAAAGUACAUCACAGCGAAUGUCGUGGACAGAAAUAAUGGACGGAUUGUUGCAACAGCAUCAACAGUGGAACACGAUAUCAAGGGAUCGCUUGAGUGUGGCCGGUCUUGCAAUGCCAAGGCGGCAGCAGUUGUUGGAGAGGUGCUGGCUAUGCGACUCAGGGUGGAGGGUCUUGAAGAGGGACAGGGAAGAGGGAUUCAUGUUGAUGUUAACAAAGAAGUAGAAAAGAAAGGCUUUAAAAACCGUACCAAGAUAUGGGCCAUUGUCAAUGCUCUUAAAAGCAAUGGGAUCAAACUUAUUCUGGAUGAUAAAGAUGACAAUGCCAGGGCAAAUUACUGAUAUGUUCCUUCCUUCUCCGGGUUCUCCCCUUAUAAUUUAUGUAAGAUAUUUUUAUGAUUUUUACCGUCUUUUCAAUUUUUUUUUUUUUUUUACUAUCUGAAGACAGUCUCGUUACUCUGGAUUUUGUUACCUUUGUGGAAGACUCAUGAAGCGAUCUGAGCUAUUAUUAUGGAGCAUAA